AUGGCUCUUGAUUGCACCAAGACUGACUUUCCUCCUGUCCGUGCUUGCCUGUUCGACAUGGAUGGCCUCCUAAUUGAUACUGAAGAUAUCUACACGGAGGUUACAAACAAGCUGCUUGCAGAAUGCGAGGGUGAAAGGACGAGGAUGACCUGGGAGAUCAAAGCAAAGGUACAGGGUCGCCCGGGUCCUGAGGCGACUAGGAUCAUGUGGGAGUGGGCAGGGCUCAACAAGAAAAUGAGCAUUGAUGAUUACCGCAAGCGCUACUAUGAGAUUCAGGAGGAGCUCAUGCGAACGACGAAGCCGCUUCCUGGGGUUGUGGCCCUGCUUAAUGACCUUGAUCGCACUGUUUACUGGCAAGUCGCCCCAAAGAAGACGAGCGAGAAGCGCGGAGAUCAUCUUCCCAAUGGCGCUGCAAACGGCACUCCGAACUGUCUAACGAACGGCAUCAACGGCGCUCUCACCAACGGCACCACAAAGCUUUUUCCUCGCCGUGUGCACAUCGCUUUGGCUACAUCAUCUCACCAGUCCAACUUCAAGCUGAAGACUUCCCACCUCGAGGGCGUCUUCUCUGUGUUCGAGAUGCAUCGCCGUGUGCUGGGCGAUGAUCCUGAAAUUCCGAAGGGCCGCGGCAAGCCCCUACCCGAUAUCUACCUGAUUGCUCUCGACCGCAUCAACAAGUCUCUUCCCGCUGGUGAGGCUCCAAUUAAGCCAGAGGAGUGCCUCGUUUUCGAGGACAGCGUGUCCGGUGUUGAGGCCGGUCGUCGUGCGGGCAUGAGGGUUGUUUGGGUCCCACACAAGGACUUGCUCGAACAAUACAAGCACAGGAUUCCAGAGGUUUUAGCCGGUCAGACUGGUGAGGCUCCGCCUGAGGCCGGUCCUUGCCCCGGCAAAAUCGGUGAUGGCUGGGCCGAGCUGCUCCCCAGCCUGGAGAACUUCCCAUACGAGAAGUACGGCAUUAUUAUUCCCCCUGUCGAGGUCGAGAAGGAGGACUGCAUGAAGGGUUUAAUGAAGAUCAACUACUAA